AUGAGCCUUGAGGACCGCGGCGCCGUUGUCGUGUGGGAAGGCGAGUGGCCGUCGCUCCGCCGGAGAGUCGCCGCCAUCCGCCGCGCCGCGUGGGUGCCCGCCGCCGCCCUCGCCGGUUUCUUCGACGUGGCCGGCCACAUCGCCACUGCGAAGAUUUACACCGCGCGGGCCGACCGCUUCGUCACGGAGCAGACGGCCAUCGCCAGCGAACAGCUCCGCACCCGCCGGUGGAUCCUCCCCGCCGCCGGCAUCUCUUCACUGAGUGUCUUCGUCGUGGUGAAGAGCGCACCGUGGGGGACAUAUAAGGCGCUUCGCAACGGAACCGCCACCGCUCUGCUACUCACUUGCUUCCUUUUUCCUCGUGAAAUUAUCACGGCAAUUGACGAACGGCUGCCAUUUAGUACAAGAAAUGUAAAAGGAAAUGGGGAGGAAUGA